AUGAAUGACGAACAAAAGACUCAAUACCUAAAAGAAUUGAAUGAAACUUCUGAAAGAGUUAGAGAACAUGUUAGACAAGAACAAGCUAGCAAAUCCCCGGAAGUUACUCAAUCUUCUGAUUUUAAAAGAGUACCAAUGCCAUCAAUGGGUGUUCCACCACCAAUGCUAGCUAAAAAUUCUAAUGUUGGUUCUUCUUCAACUUUAGAAAUGUGGGAUGAAAAUGUUAAUCAAAAACUAAAUGAAAUUGACAAUAAGAUGAAUAAAUCUGAUUUAUCUGUUUUCUUCACUAAAGGUGAAAUGGAAUUUUAA